UCAAUGUAUUUUUAAAAAUGACUGCCCUUAACCGUGAUUGUCUUUGGGAAAUAUUCACUAAUCUCGAACAUGAUAAAAAAUCUUUACACGGAGCUUUAUUGGUUAAUAGACUUUGGUGUGAAGUUGCGGUUCAAUUUUUAUGGAGAAAACCUUUUCGUUUUUUAUAUACUUGCUCUAAAUUUUGUCGAUGUUCAGAACAAAAACGUCGAAUGAAAGUAAAAAAAUUCCUUGCGACUCUGACUACCAUUCUUGCACACAAACAUACAGCAAGUUCAGUAAAUAUUCAAGACUUGAUUAUAUGGACAACGGCACCUCUAACAACUUUUGCAUAUACUGAUUUCAUUCGACAUCUUGACAUACAUGAUUUAGUUUGGGCUUUACAUGAUGGCGUUGAAUAUCUUCGAUCUCAACGAUUUUUAAUGGAUUUUCAAUGUAGUUCUAAGCCUUUCUUUUCAGAAAUUACUUGGUCAACAUCAUCGAUUACUUGGGCGGAAUCAUUAUUUCAAAAAAUGGCUUGUGAUCUAUGCAGACUUUUAGUGUUAUAUUGUUCAAAUCUAAGUCAUUUAUCGAUAGAUAUGGUGAAUACAAAAUGGUCAGAGGAUAAACAAAGAUGUACUAGUUUGCCGAGUAUUUCUUUCUGGAUUACCGUAAAUGAAAUUCCUAAUGAAAUAUUAUUAAUUCCUACUUAUACCGGAUCUCAGAAUUGUUUAUCACAACUUGUCGAAUUUACGUGGGGGGCUACUCAUUGGACAAGUAAUUUUUUAGAUGCUUUAUCAAAAAUUACACAUCAUCUUAGAAAACUUGUGAUUGAUAUGUCAAAUUUUGGAAGGGAUGAAAGUAGAAAGGAUGCAAAGAGAUUAUCAACAUUGAUAAAAGUACAAAAUUGUUUACAAGAAAUUAAAUUUAUUAAAUGUAAAUUUCGUAUUUUACCAUCAAUCAUGGAAGGACUUCGAACACAAGCGAAAACGUUGCGUAUUUUUUAUUUUCAAGGGAUAGUAAAGGAUUGGAGUAUUUUUUCGGAAGUGAAACAUUUAACAAAUUUAAGGGAAAUAAUAUUUUCUCACGCUAAUUUUCAAUGUAACGAAGUAAACAUGAUAGAACAAUCAUAUUUCCCUCAUUUAACAAAAUUAUCUUUCAAUGUUUGUUGUUUCAGGGAUCAAACCAUUCUUCCGGAACUAAUAGUACAACAUUCAGGCAAGACACUUAGAACAUUUACUUUAACAAGAUAUUAUUAUCCUGAACACAACUUCAUACCUCAAGUUAUAACGACUGUCGCAAAUUAUUGUCAGAAUCUUGUUCAUCUUGAGAUAUAUGUGGAUAGAAGAGAAUUUCAACAGUUGAUGCUUCUUUUUGCAUCAUGUCCUCUCCUUGAGAAAGUGAAAUUGACUGGAAAUCCAGAUGUUGCGGAUGAAUUAUUUUUAAGAAUAGCUAAUCAAGAAUUAUCGAAUUUAAAAGAGUUGUUUAUUGAUGCUCAAUGGCGGUUUUGUGCCAAAUCAUUAGAGAUCUUUAUUGUUAAAUCAAGGGCACCUCUCAAAAGUCUUGUAUUUCGAUAUUCACCGGAUUUUUCUGAUGCUCAUUUAGAAGUUUUAUUUAGAUAUUUAAAAGAACACUUGCAUCGUUUACAUAUAGGAACUGAUAAAAGAUUCAGUAAGGGAUUUCUUGAAAAAGCAAAAGAAACCAUUGUUGAUUUCAGAUAUAAACUCAAUGGACAAGUACAUGAACCAGUAUGGCUAUAA